CAAAUCGUACAAUGUUUGGUAGCGGCAAAUUCUUAAAAUUUCUAAUUAUAAUACAAUUUAAUCAGAUGACUCAAGGCUGGUUCAUCGAUUAUUCAUCAUAUGAAGAUGAGUGUAAUGAAGAUUUUAUUAAAUUUAUAGAUAUACGUUUAAUCGAAAUAUCAAAUCGUAAAGUAAUAAAUGGUUCGGUAAUUUUAAAAAAGGAACUGGAUAAAUUUGAUAUAACAUUUUUAAUAACUUCCCCAAGAAGAAAUGCCAAACCAUUUACCUUGCUCAAUGUUACCUUGGAUGGUUGUGCUUAUCUAAAGAAAUCUCAACUGAAGAAUGUAAAUUUUCCUUAUAUUUUUUUAACCGAAAUUAUUGCCUCAAAUCCAAAUUUUCCGAUACAGUGUCCCGUAGAAAAGGUGAGAUAUGCGGAUAAAGAAAUUGAAAUUAGAAAUUUAUACAUGAGUUCUGAAAGAAUACCCAUCAAAUUUCCCGAAUGGCGUUUUACCUCUUCAUUUUUGUUUAGCAGAGCUCGGGUGCAGUUUUUAAAAAUGAUUGUCAAUGGUACUGUGAAGAAAGGAAAAUAA